GUCAUGGCGGAGUGAGGGGAGCCCGGGGAGGAGGAGGGGGGAGAAGAGGAGCGGGGGGCCCGAGCAGCCACACACCGUACAUGGACACAGGGAGCCCCGAGAGCAGCGGCCCGGAGCACCGUCCCUUCUCUCUGGUCCGUGUGAGGCGCCGCCGGCACAAUGUUGAUCGUCGAGAAGACAACGGAUUACCCCUCCACGGAGUAUUCCCUGGUGGAAGACGUGGCUCUCCACUUCACCUGUUUAAUGGACAGACUCAACGAGCAGCGCCUGUUCCAGCCCGACCUCUGCGAUGUGGACAUCGUUCUGGUCCAACAGAAGAGCACUUUCCCUGCUCACAAGGGUGUCCUUGCUGCCUACAGCCAGUUCUUCCAUUCUCUCUUCACCCAGAACAAGCAGCUUCAAAGGGUGGAACUGUCCUUGGAGGCUUUGACGUCUCGAGGCUUCCAGCAGAUUCUCAACUUUAUUUACACCUCUAAGCUCUUAGUCAAUGGCUGCAAUGUGCAGGACGUUUUAAAUGCUGCUGCUGUGUUGCAAAUGAACGAAAUUGUGACGUCAUGUCAGGAGCUCAUCCACAGCAGGUCGUUGAACCUCUCGAUGGCCAACGACAUCUUGGACACAGAUGACAGUAGGACGGAUGUCACCACGGUCAUGCAGCCUCAGUUCUAUAGGGAGAUCAAACAAGAAGUUGAUGCCCCUUCAACAAAGAUUUAUGCCCGAGAAGGAAAUGACCCUUACUCUGUUCGAGUAGAGGACAGUGUGAGCAAAGGACAUCUGCCGAACGCCACAUCACCUAAGCAGUAUUUUAAAGAUGAGGAAAUAAGCAGGGGCAGGGUCUGUAAAAUUGAAGGAGCCGACUCUGAGGAGGAUAUGGAGAGCCAAGAAUCCUACAACCGAGAACAGAUCAUCGUAGAAGUCAACUUAAAUAACCAGACACUAAACGUUUCUAAAGGGACAGACGGUAAGGGGUCAACAGAGCCAGUGACGGUCUUAGACCGGUCAGACGGGGAUGAUCGGGGGUCGGAAGAAGAGGGGGAUGAUGAAAAUGAGGAAGAUGAAGGUGGAAUGGAGGAAGAGGAGGAUUUUCUAGACAUGUUGGAGGAUGAAGAUGAUGACAUCCUUCCAAGCGAGGAGGAGGACCUUGAAGAACCCCAUGAGGAAGAAGAGGAAGAGGAGGAGGAAGAAGAGGAGGAAGAGGAGGAGAAGGACGAAGAAUCGGCAGACAUGGCCAAAGAUGAAAACUCUCCUGGUGAGGGGAGCAAGUCGCCGGGCAAAGACCAGACUACCGCGCUGAGUCAAGGAGCAAAAGCAUCCCGAAAUCGAGGAAGUAAUGGGAGGAGGAAAAAGAAAGGACAGGAUGUGUUGGGGCAAAAGGCCAAAUUUGAGGAGAAGCAGAACUAUCCUUGUAAAAAGUGUCCCAGGGUUUUCAAUAAUAGGUGGUAUCUGGAGAAGCACAUGAACGUCACCCACAGUCGCAUGAGGAUUUGUGAUAAGUGCGGCAAGCGGUUUCUUUUGGAAAGCGAACUCAUGCUCCAUCACCAGACAGACUGUGAAAAGAAUAUACAAUGUUUAACAUGCGGGAAGACAUUUAAGAAGCUCUGGUCCUUGCAUGAACACAAUAAGAUUGUACACGGUUACGCAGAGAAGAAGUUCUCCUGUGACAUCUGUGAAAAGAAGUUCUACACGAUGGCUCAUGUCCGUAAGCACCUUGUAGCCCACACGAAGGACAUGCCAUUCACAUGUGAAACGUGCGGAAAGUCUUUUAAACGCAGCAUGUCUCUGAAGGUCCAUUCUUUGCAGCACUCCGGGGAGAAACCCUUCAAGUGUGAGAAUUGUCACGAGCGGUUUCAGUACAAGUACCAGCUGCGGUCACACAUGAGCAUACAUAUCGGUCACAAGCAGUUCAUGUGUCAGUGGUGCGGGAAAGACUUCAACAUGAAACAGUAUUUUGAUGAACAUAUGAAGACCCAUACCGGUAAGGAAAGAGAGAAACCUUUCAUCUGUGAAAUCUGCGGCAAGAGCUUCACCAGCCGGCCCAACAUGAAGCGCCACCGCCGCACCCACACGGGCGAGAAACCUUACCCCUGCAGCGUGUGCGGCCAGCGCUUCCGCUUCUCCAACAUGCUGAAGGCUCACAGGGAAAAGUGCUUCCAGGGCGGCAACCCCCCGACGCCCGGCAGCCCCGGAACAGUGGCCAGCCUCUCCGCCUCCUCGCAGAGCGGCAACUCGCCGCUCCAGUCUAGCCCGGGGCUCUCGCCGACCUUGCCGCCGCACCCCCUCUCUCUGCCCCUCCUCCACUCGCUUCCCAGCAUGCCUCCCCCGUCACAUCACCUUCCGCCCCCACCUCCGCUCUUCUCCGCCGGCCGCAUCAACAACAACUAGGCCAACCCCAGGAAAAUGACCAAUCUGUAGUUCUCCUCGAGGCAAAACUGUGGCACUGCGGACAUCUUUUUUUUUUUGGUCUUGGCGUCCCUCUUCUGCCACGCGGGGAAUGUGACGGAGAGAGGGGAAGCCAUCAUGUGACACUCUUUAGCGCUCAUGUUUGCACACGGCGUACCCUCCGGUUUGAAAUGGGCGUGGGCCGAGGCCUGCAAACCUGUCCUGUUGCUACUGUGCUUUAUUUUUGUUUUUUCUAUUUGUUUUUAGUACAUAUUUUAAUAUGGUCGGUCCUUUUUUAUCAUCGUCUCUUGUUUUCUGUCCUUCAUGUUAAACUGCCCCUAAGUAUUCUACGGGAAAGGUCGGGAGAGACGCAAUCAGGAGCUGGUUUUUUUUUUUUUUGGUCGCUUUCUGUCCACCUGGAGCCGUCACGCAAAUGAGGGGGGGAAAAAAAACACCAAGGUCAGCUGUCCCUGUUUUUAUGGAAGACACGAGGAAUCCUCGCAGACGCGCUCAAAAGGAGUUGGAAGGUGUCCAGCCGACAGUUGCUAAGCAACCCUGGCUAAUCCGCGCGCUGUGACCGAAUCGCCUUUCCAGCACAGAGGAAUGUGGAGACCUGGAAUCCAGACCGUCUCUUUCCUUCACGCUAUGCGUCAGUUUAUUAAAACCGGUCUUUGCGCCCCCAGCUAUUGCUUGGAGGAAGUAACACCCCCCCCCCUUUAUCCUCCUAGACAUCCUGUCCUCAACAUUUCACCUUGGCUGCAAUACAAGGAGUUCUAUCCCAUUACCAGUCAACGCUAACCAAGAUCAUUUAACUGUUUUUUAUUAUUUUACCGUUUGUGUUUUUUUUUUUUUUUAUCUGUGUUGUGUUGGAGCUUUAUGCUUUUUUUUGUUGUUGUUGUUGUUCUUCUGUCUUGGCUCUGAUGCAUCUGUUUUGGAAUUGCAGGAAAAAUGAUUCCAGGGCGAUGCAUUGUUUUCAAAAACCGGGUCAUGCAAAAAUCUAAAAUAUUCUGUAAUAAUA